AUGGCCUCUCGGCGUCGCGGGGCAGAGGAAGCACGGCUAGAGCUUCAGGGUCCCCAGCAGGGGACAGAGAGGGCCAGAAGCCCCCACCCGCCGGCCUUGGCGACCCUGAGCGUCCUUGGCCGGGUGGGCCGGACACAGCUACGCCACCUGCCCCUGGCGGAGGCGGCGAGGGCGCGAGGCCUGCGCGCUGCCGCCCCCUGGCGGGGAAAGCCCGCCACUCCUCGGCCAGGCCCGCGCGCGCAGGCCCAGGACGCGGAGACUCCUGUGCGGCUGGACUGGGGACGCGACCGAGAGGGAGCCCCGUGGAGCCACGCCUCGGAACGGCUCCGGUGUGACAUCACAGAGAGCCAGCCCGAGCGGGACGAGGGGGACGAGGGGCCGAGGCGCAUGAGGCUGGGGCCCUGGCUGCCCAUGUGGGUGUGGCUGGCUGCGCUGCAGGCGGGAGGCGCCGGUGGGAAGCCGACUCCGGAGCAGCGGGAAGAAGGGAGGCGGGUGCUCAGGCCGGCGCGCACCAAGGCUCUGGCCCCACCAGUAGCGCCCCCACGCUUCGUAGAGAGACCUGACUUCUUCGAUUACCCAGACUCAGACCAGGCCAGCCUGCAGGCAGUGGCCCAGUUUAUCGGAGAGAGACCCGUGCAGUUUGUCCACUCAGGCUCCGGUCCUGGGCUCUUCCAUCACAUCCUGGUGGGCAUCCUGGUGGUGGCCUUCUUCUACCUCCUCUUCCAGUUCUGCAUCCACGUGAGUUGCCGGCAAGGAGCCUAGAGAGUGGACGAGGGUCAUGGAUGCGGCCGGGCGCCCAGGUCGCCAUUCUCUCCCACUGAUAAAUAAAGGUUCCCGACUUCGACUCUGUCUUCCCUGACUGCUCACUGAGCAGCAGGAGGGGUCGUCCUGCUCCCCAUGCACCAGGCCCCCACCUCUUCCCUUUGUGGCCUCAAAGA